CGCCUAAUCGAUUCAAUUAAGCGCUUAAUCAAGUAAAAAAAAUUAAUUUCACAAUUAUCUUAUUUAUUCAUUAAUUAGGAACAAAGCAGUCUUGCUGUUUAGUGUUUGAUUACGAAUUUGUUAAUAAUGGAUAAAACAAUGCUUAAAAAAUUAUUUUUAGCAUAUUGUGUGCAUGUUGAACACUUUGAGUCAGUACAAUCUAACUAUGAUAGUGUACUAACACUAUAUAGGAAAAGAAAAAGGCGAAACUUGAUGAUUUUACAGCAUUUAAAGAAAAAACAACUUUUGUGCCUUGAAAUAUUGCAGCAAACGGCAUCUCAAAGAGCGUUGUGGAAAUUGAAACGGCGAUCUCAAUUUUGGGAAAUAAAUUGCAAUCGUAAUAAUGAUCAGUUUUUCAAGGAACACUUCCGAAUGUCCCGAGCAAGUUUUGAUAUACUAUGUGGAUUGGUUAGCAAAAUGAAAAGAGCAGAUACGAAUUGGCGUAAAGCGAUAGAAUUACAAAAACGGGUUGCAAUCGCUUUAUUUACCCUGGGUUCUUCCCUAAAGUACAGAGAAAUUUCUGAACUAUUCGGUGUUGGAAUCUCAACUGUAUGCGAAAUUGUAUACGAGUUCUGUGAAGAAGUGUGGAAAACUAUGUCAACAUACAUUAAUAAAUUACCUCCGAAAAAGGAAGAUUUAGCUGAAUAUAUUUCUGGAUAUUGCAAACUUGGUCAUCCUCAGUGCAUGGGAGUAAUUGAUGGAUACCAUAUAAAAGUGAGGCCGAACGCAACCGUCGCUAAGGAAUACUUAAAUAACAGAGGCUGGUACUCCAUUAUACUUCUAGCGUUGGUGGAUUACAGAUGUCGUUUCUUAUAUGUUAACAUUGGUGCUCCAGGGCUGUGCACUUACUCACAAACAUACAACGCAUCGGCACUAAGAGUUCUCUUAAAUAAUAACGAGUUAUUAACAGGAUAUAAAAAGGAAAUAGAUGGAGUGGAAAUACCAGUUUAUAUUAUAGGUGACUCAUCGUUUGAGUUUUCCAAGUCUUUAAUGACACCCUACCCAGUUAGCACUUCUUUAACCGAGAAUAAAAAACAAUUUAAUAAUAAGUUAUUAGCAUGUAAAAAAGUAGCAGAUAAUGCUUUUCGGCAUUUAAAAGCACGUUUUCGACGUAUAGGAAUCGGGAUAGACAAUAGAAAAGGGAAUGCUCCUCUUAUUAUUCGAUCCACAUGUAUUUUAUAUAACUUUCUCAACGAAAUAAAUGAUAAUAUCGACGAGAAAUGGUUAGAAAUGAAGCAAGUGGAUACAAAUUGCCAGAAUCCCACAAAUACUGUCGCAUAUUGUGAGGACGAACCCUUUGCGGAAGAGAUAAGAGAUACGUUGUGUCGUUUAAGUGAAAGAUAAAUAAAUGUCAUACUUUUCUUAUGUA